AUGGCUACCAAUGGUUCCAACGGCUCGUCAUCGUCCCCAUCAAAAUUCGACACCUCUUCAACUGUUCCGCUGUGGCUAGAUGGGCAGGAAGUCAAGCUGUCUUCCACAUUCGACGUCGUUUCUCCACUCGACCACGAAGUCCUGUAUCAAUGCUCCGCUGCUGGGGAAGAAGACGCUCUAAGAGCCAUUGAUUCAGCAGAGAAGGCUUUCAAGACAUGGUCGAAAACGAAGCCGCACACGAGGAGGGAUAUUUUCCUCAAGGCUGCAGAAGGAUUCCGGAAGAGGAGGGAUGAGCAGUUCCACUACAGUCACACCGAAACUGGCGCAGCCGAAUCCAUGUUUGCCUUUGAGCAUAACCAGGCGUACGAAGCCUGUAAGAGCGUGGCAGGCUUGAUUCAGGUGGCCACUACUUCAAGUAUGCCAGUCGUUUCGGAAGAAGGGAGCAACGCCUUGCUGCUCAAGGAACCAUACGGCGUGGUUCUAGGGAUUGCACCUUGGAACGCUCCCCAUAUUUUGGGCGUCCGUGCCUGUCUGCAACCUCUCGCCAUGGGAAACACGGUCAUCCUGAAAGGUCCGGAAGCCGCUCCAGCCACGUACUGGUCCAUCGCCUCAAUCCUCCACGAGGCCGGUCUACCAGCAGGGUGCCUCAACACAAUUUACCACCGUACUACAGAUGCUGCAAAGGUCACAAACACUCUGAUCUCCCACCCGGCCGUUAAAAAGAUCAACUUCACUGGAUCCAGCGCUGUCGGUUCAAUUGUCGCUUCUCUAGCCGGCAAACACCUCAAACCCACUGUCAUGGAACUCGGUGGCAAAGCACCCUCAAUCAUCUGCGAGGACACCAACAUCGAGGCCGCGGCGCUUCAGUGUGCGCUGGGUGCCUUCCUGCACGGUGGCCAGAUUUGCAUGGCUACUGAACGUAUUUUGGUAAAUGCAAAAAUUGCCGACCAAUUUCGGUCUGCGCUUCAAGCCACCAUGGAGAAGGUCUUUAGCGAGCAAGGCAUGGGUGUCCCACAACUUGUGACUGCAGCCCCAGUCGAAAAGAACAAAAAGCUUCUGAGCGACGCCCUCUCCAAGGGCGCCUCGACGCUCUAUGGAGAUCCGAAUCACAAUGAGUCUUCUAAGACCAAGAUGCGACCCGUCAUCAUCGAGAACGUCAAGCCGGGCAUGGACAUCUACCACACUGAAUCCUUCGGGCCGACCGUUUCCUUGUUCGUGGUAGGUUCAGACGAGGAGGCCAUCGAGAUUGCCAACGACACCGACUAUGGUCUCUCCAGCGCCGUCUUUACAGAGGACCUGCGGCGCGGACUGCGCAUCGCACGCCAGAUCGAGAGCGGCGCUGUACACAUCAACUCCAUGACUGUUCAUGAUGAAGUGGCUCUGCCGCAUGGAGGGGUGAAGAAGAGUGGGUUCGGCCGAUUCAACAGCCUGCAGGGCCUGGAUGAGUGGGCCUGGACGAAAGUUGUGACAUGGAAGGAUUGA